AUGUCGUCUCAACAACUUGAAGAGUCAACAGCUCAAAGCGGCUCCACGAGCAUUCAGACGGAUCCCGAAUUCAGACAACUCGCGAUAGACGUUCUUGAUGAAACCCAUCGAGAUAUUGUUACGAGAGCAGUUGCACGGAUUCUUGGUACUGAGAUAGCAGAAACAACGUAUACUCAAAUUAUCGACGGACUACCCUUAGGCGAGGUCGCGUUUGAAUCAAGAGGGGGAAUGCCUCACCAAGAUCAUCCCAUCAAUCAUUGCCACGACGAGCUUUGCGCAGGGAUUUUAGAAAAGACACGCGAGUUCCGCAGUAGAUUUGACCCCCUUGUACUAAAGUUCGACUCUAGGCUUCUGUUCGCUUACCAAGCUGCUUCUCCAGGGUCACGGUCCUUCAACACACGUCUCAUCGAAAUAAUUGCGAUAGCAAUCCAUCAAAUUGCCGUAAUCCUCUUCAGUCUUGAAGAGGGUCUGCACAAGAACGAUGGGGUGAUUGAAUGGGCACCACCGAAGUCUGACAAGACCUGGUGGGCACAUUGCCCAGAUGGGCCUGAACCUACGAUGUUCUUCCACCCUUGGUAUUUAAGUCACCACAGGUAUCCCAACGGGGUGGCAGACAUGGUUGGGUAUUGGGCUGAGUCCCGAAUCCUCGGUGGUGUCGUUUUAUUUGACCGCUCUGGCGUGGACCAGGAUGCUGUUUACAUUCACCCCGACAGAGAAGACGUAACCUAUAGAAUCUGUCGCUUGACCUCCGAGCAAAAGCUGCAGCUGCUCAAAUUUCUUACUGCCGAAGAGCCAGGCCAUUACUCUCUACCAAUUCUGCCUGACGAGACAAAUGAUUUCCGCGUCGACCCGGAAGAGUCUCCCGAGGAAACCGGGAUAUACCGGGAUAUAUGGGAUCGCUCAGAGCUCCGCGAAGAUGCGUAUGAUCAAAGAUUGAGGGAUGUUUGGAAUAAAGUGGAUUAUCUCACUCACAGUGACAAAGGCGACGCUGGAGACCGAGCACUGGAGAGAAGAAACAGGAUAUUCUACGCAUAUUCUGAUGACGAGGCAUGA